AUGAUCUUCCUGACCGGCUCCCUGGUCAUGCUCUGGUUCGUAAUCUUGUCGGGGCUGACUGCGACCUCGCCACUGAGUCAGACGUAUUUCCUUCGCGCCGACACACACGGCAUCACCAACUCGCGGCCCAUCUCGCAAUGGACCUACUUCUCCGUAUGUGGUGACGGUAACACGGAUUGCGGCCCCAAGUAUCCAGCUCUUCCCGCAGGCUACGCCUGGUCUGGUAGCCCUUCGGGUGCGCCCGCAGAGCUGGUCGGUGACUACGGCGGCGGUACCACGAGUUUCAGUUGCUGGUACAUGUGGCGCUUCGGCUGGGUCUUUUUCCUGAUUGCCCUGUUCUUCGAGGUCGUCGCCUUCUUCUCCAGCUUCCUCGCGCCCUGUAGCCGUCUGGGAAGCGCAAUCAGCGGCUUGAUUGCGCUGUCGGCACUGGUCUUCCUCACCAUUGCCGUUUCACUAAUGACGGCUACAUUUGUCAAGAUGCGUAACGCUUUUCUUGCCGACGGCCGCGACGCCUCGCUGGGAAGAUAUGCAUUCGGCUUCAGCUGGGGUGCCUGGGCUGCGUUGCUCAUUAGCACAGUCUUGUUUUGUUUGGGAAGACGUAGCACCAAGGAGGAUGGCGCACCGCGACGUACCUGGGGCCGUAGGAGGGCCAGCACGCGUAGCCAGAAGUCGUACGAGGGCCGCCGGGUCAAGGAGGAGUACCCCUGA